GUUAUUUUAUUAGGUUAUUGUUUUAUUGUUAUUAACAUUUAAACUUAAGAUUUCAUCUUUAAUUUUGAGGAACAAAAAACGAAUAUGCAUGUGUAUGCAUGGAAUGGAACGCCGACAGUUUAGAAAAAUUUGUCUAUGUCAAAAAUUCACAAAGGCAUGACGGCUGUUACCUUCUUGUGAAGAAAUUCCAAAAUUAUUAAUAAAUCGAAGAGCACACGGGUUUUAACAUCAGCUCCGUGUUUUGUUUGUGAUAAGUUACUUAUUUCAUUGACGGCAUGAUGGUGGAAGGGUCAGCGUUUACGCGGAACGAUGUGUUCCAAAUGGCUAUAAGGGUUGCUUUUGUGUCCGCUGUGACUUAUUUUUCGAUAAAAUGGCUCGUGAACCAGAUAGACCCAACGUCCAAGAGUCGAAAGAAGGCUGAGGAGCGAGCCCGCGAACAGUUACGCAAAGCGGGGCUCGGAAACAAGCACUCUAUCGCGUUGGACAAGCUCACCGACCAUGAGAUGAUCAUCGCUUCACAGCUGGUGGUGCCUGAUGAGAUCAGUUCAGUUCUACGCCUUUUAAUGUGUGCAUUUCUUUGCUCAGGUCAACUGGAAGGACAUAGCUGGGCUCGACCACCUGAUCCAGGAGUUGCGAGAGACUGUCAUCCUGCCGAUCCAGAAACGAGAGUGUUCGCUGACAGCAGGCUGACGCAGCCACCCAAGGGCGUGCUUCUGCAUGGUCCCCCAGGUUGCGGUAAAACCCUGAUAGCUAAAGCAACAGCGAAGGAAGCGAACAUGAGCUUUAUAAAUCUGGACGUAUCGUUACUGACGGACAAGUGGUAUGGCGAGACGCAAAAAUUGGCAGCCGCUGUAUUCAGCCUUGCAGUCAAGUUGCAGCCUUGCAUCGUGUUCAUAGACGAGAUCGAGUCGUUCCUGCGUACGCGCACGCAACAUGAUCACGAGGCGACCGCCAUGAUGAAGACGCAGUUUAUGUCGCUGUGGGACGGCCUCAUCACCGAACCAACCUGUACCGUCAUUAUAAUGGGUGCCACAAACCGUCCCCAGGACUUGGACAAGGCUAUCCAGCGCCGAAUGCCGGCCACAUUCCACGUUCCUAUGCCGAGUGAGAGUCAACGCGAGAGGAUCUUGCAGCUUAUACUGCGGUCUGAACCCGUCGCCUCAGACAGCGCCACAGACGUUGGAAAGUCAGGAUCGGAUUCGGACGAGGAAUACGUGGAUGCUGUCCGUCCAAUAACGAUGGAUGACCUUCGUCUGUCUCUAAGCAAGCUCAAGGAGUCAAAGAUCCAGUGCGGCACAUUGGCGCCCUCGAUGCGGAUAGAACUCGACUAGGAAACACUAUCUAGCGGUCUUACUGACGGUACUUAGUAUAACUUGGGAUUGUGACACAUAUAGGUACAUUAUUUAAAGAAUUUGCAACUAUAGUGAUGGCGCCACCGUCGCUUUUGGCGUUGCAUUUAAGUGACUGUUUUUAUUUCUGUACUAAAUUGUCAAAUUUUCGUUGUAAAGUUGGUUUAUAUUAAUCAAAUGUUUGCUUAAACCCUAAGCCAGAGUAAACUCACGCUUUUUAAUGUCCGAGGGGGUAGGCAGAGAGAUGUCUAACUUUUGACCAGUUAUGUCACGAGUAAGCGUUUCGCGAUAAAAGUUAUGCAUAAUAUAUUCAUUAAUUAUUUAAAUAAUGUAGCUAUAACCCUGGAAAGUUGAUAAGGAUCGAUAUUAUCGAUAAUUCUCUAUGUAUGUAUAUGAUGGUUAACGGAGAAUGAUGGUUCUACAUCACUUGUCAAGACGAAUGAGAAUUAUAGUGGUUCACGUUUCUGUCCACGCUAAAAUGGCUCAAGUCAUUUCAAAACUUGUAUUCAUUAAAACAUUGUGCUUUUUAUUCAAGUACGUAAUUUUGGGGAUAGAUUUAAAGAAAAUUGGUUCGUGUGUAAUUUGGCCUUAUUACUCUUAAAUUAUUAAAUUUCUGUUAGCCUAAGAAUAGAAAGACGUAUGUGUUUUUUCAUGUUGUCUCUUUCACACUCAUGCGUAAUCGUGUAUGAGUGACAGAGAUAGACAGUUUACUAAUGAAUUAUCCCUGUCUAAAAUAACUUUAAGUAAAAUUUUAGUCACUUUGAUAUUUUAACGACCGAUCGACUUCAACACGUGCGUUAAACAGUACCUGAAAUCGACCAAAUGAAUUGUUGUUCGACUUUCGUCUUUAUUGCAUUAGUCAUACGUUGUACAAUCGAUUGACUCGAAGACCGCUAGAAUACUACUUAGAUGAGAUCUAUCUAGGUCUAUCUGAACCUAGGUAGAUUCUAGUCUUAUUUAAGAAGGGGGAGGGAUUCUGAAUGGAGUGGUUAGAUUGAUGGAAAAAUGGCGGCAAAUGCUUGCAUAUACGUAUUGAAAUGUGAUAUAAAAGUAACUAUUAGGUGAAUUUAUUUCUGGUUGAA